CUCUCUUCCAUCUCAUGGCUGCGCUCAACCACCAGGUUGAUGAACAGAAGAGAACGCAGAAUGAGCUCUAGAUUGGGUGCGAUUGUGAAGAAAUAAGUCAUGAAAGGGUUUCCUUGUCUUAUCGGGGCUUCAUGUCUGGUUUCAUGAGGACAGGCUUCUUGCUUUUCCCCAGACAUGGAUCACUUUCAGAGUGUGUGCGUGUGGAAAACUGAAGCUAGUGGGUUUGUUUUUACGGUCGGUGGUUAUGACUACACUUACUGAAACUACAUCUUUCUAAAACACACUCACGUGCAGUUUCCAGCCUUGUCAAGGGAUGGAUGACACUUGCCAGAUGUCGGGAUCGACUUCAGUCCGUGGGUCUACUCGCUCUCUUCAAGGGCAGCAAUCUUUUGAAGUGGAAUUCGGUCCAGAUCCCUCCUCUUUUUGUAUUCUUCCGCUUGAUUCGGCAGCAGUCAAAAGAGUGCAACUUGGAUCGCCUUCGGAGGAAGAACUACCAGCGAUUCUAAAUGAAGAGGAUAGAUUGAGCAGACUGCCCCCAGACAUGCUCUGCGAGAUUCUGAAACGGGUCCAGUGUUCUGAUGCGCAAUGCUUGCGCGGUGUCAGUAGGUUCUGGAGGUCAUCUUUUUCAGAGUUUGUGCAUGUUCUACGUCGUCCUGCACAGAAAGAACAAAAGAAAUCUCUAUGGAUAUGCACUACUCAUGACAGUGGUAAUAUUGCUGUCGUCUCCAACUACACAUGCAGCCGCAAAAAGUUGUAUGGAAAGAUCCUCCGGUUCCCCGAGAACCAUAUAAUACCAGAGAAUAUGAAAAUGGUAGCAUCGGAGGCAGGUUUGAUAUGCUUUAGAGUCGAAACAUGUGCUUUGGAGACUUCUCCAGUAUCAUCAUCAUCCUCCUCAUCCAAAGGGCACGCCUUUUCUGCGUUAUUCGUGAGGAAAUCCUCCAAAGUCCAGCUUCUCGUAUGCAAUCCUAUUCUCAUGAUGUGCAAGACUCUUCCACCAUUGACUCACGGCACAUCCAAAAUGUAUACGAAUUUUGGUCUGAUCGUGGAUGAUACCACGAUGAGCUUCAAAGUUGUUGUCGCUCGUUCAGGGCAGCGAGUGCAAGUGUUCGACUCGAAGAGUGGUUCAUGGACAGCAGGUAGUGCACCUCCACGAGAUUCCGUCUUUGCGGGAAGUAGAAAUGCUGUGACGUACGAUGGGUGCACGUAUUUCGUAGCGUAUGCGCAAAACGACUUUUGUGGACGACUUCCUGGGAAGAUGUGGUUCAUCCUGCGAUAUGAUGUGAAGACAGACACAUGGAAGCGAAUGGGGGAUAUCUCGCGCGUUCAUCAUCUAAACUCUAUGCGCAUCUGUCACCACGUAAUGCUGCCGGAUCUUGUAGCGUCUUCGGAAGGCGUUGUGCUCGUUGCAGAGAACGAUACACACACUAACAAACAUAUAUUCCAGUUGAACCAGGCUACUUGCCAGUGGAAGUUCGUCUUUCACGUGCCUAUGUCCACGGAUCUCCUUACCAAAUUUGGUCGAGUGAAAUGCUUCGGGAUUCAGGAUAAGCUAUUUUUCCAGCCGCCUAACAGUAUUCCAAUAAUGGAGGUUGAUCUGGUCACGAGAAGUUGGGCAUGGUGCCUUCCUGUAGGUUUGUACACAAAACGGGACUUCAAAGCAUUUGCCAAAGUGCUCGAUGUCAAAGAUGUACUGGCAUUUGAACCUUCUCUGUUCCCAGUUUCUGGUAGCAACCAUAGUUAGACCACUGUAGAGGAAACUGGCUGUUAGAAAGCUACUUGAGGAACACACUGCCUUGUUGCCGUAAACUCCUCCAAUUGAGCUCACCUUUCACGUCUUAGAUCUACUUCAAAUGCAUAUUCAGGAUCUUAAAACAUUCUAAAAUAUUGAUUGGAGGUAACGGAGAUCUUCUAUCACCUGCCAUUUUGAAAUUCCAUCUGCUUUAUAAAGUGAAACCACCAGUUG